GUAAUAGUGUUUCAGACAGUAGUAGAAGAAGAAGAAAGCUUCUUCCUUUUUGCUUGUUUAAUCGCUGAUUUUUUUUUGUUUCCAUUGGGGCAUUUUGGGAUCUCAAAGUUCUUCAUACAGUCCCCAACCAAAAGGUAUUUACUUCACCAAACAUUUGGUCUCUUUCACAAUAUUCUCUUCCUUUGUUCGUUUUUUUUUAAUUUAUCUACUUAAGUGUUCUCUGAAAUAGACCAAUGUUUGGAGUGUAGUUUGAGACUUACUUAUCACUGUUCCAUUACCCUCGUAGCUUUUAUUUCCUUCUCUUGGAUUUGGGGUUUUGGUAGAUUUUCCCUUAUGCCUCAACGAGUUUCAAAUUUAAAGUUUCAAGCUUUUGUUCUUUGUCUUGUAGCUUUCUCAACCGUUGGUUUUUGAUUAUGAAACGGACAUCUGGAACCACAUUUGUUACUAUAAAGACAAAUUCAGUUCCUUUAAAUCAUUUCUAAUACUUUGUGUUAAAUGAUUGGUUUAUUCAAGAUUUUCUCUUAUCUUGCAUGUUUGCUGAUUGGUUCAGUUUACUUCAUCUUAAAGUUUGUUUCUUCUUUGACUAUGUUUAUGUAUGUUUCAGCAUUUUUAAAGAAUCCAAUGUAUGUGUGUGUGUGUGUGUGUUUUCUCUCUCAUUCAGAUCCUGAGACUGUUAUGUGCUGAUUGUGAUCUUGGAAACUAUAAAUGGAGAAAAGGAAGAGAGAAUCAUCUGAGAGAAGCUUUGGUGAAUCAGAGUCUGUGUCUUCACUAUCUGAGAAGGAUUCUGAAAUUCAAGUAAGAUCAAGAAUUUUGUUUUUGUUAUUUUAGUCUUGUGUCCUUUGCAUCUAAAAGAUCAUUGUAAUGUCUGUUUUUAUUUUUGCUCAAGCCUGAGAGUACAAUGGAGUCUCGUGAUGACGAGAUACAAUCACCAACGGUUUCUUUGGAAGUAGAAACUGAAAAGGAAGAGUUGAAAGAUAGCAUGAAGACUUUAGCCGAGAAACUUUCAGCUGCUCUUGCUAAUGUGAGUGCUAAAGAUGAUCUAGUGAAGCAACAUGUCAAAGUCGCUGAAGAAGCUGUCGCUGGGUGGGAGAAAGCUGAAAAUGAAGUGGUUGAGUUAAAGGAGAAGCUUGAGGCUGCUGAUGAUAAGAAUAGAGUGUUGGAAGAUAGAGUAAGCCAUCUUGAUGGAGCUUUAAAGGAGUGUGUGAGACAGUUAAGGCAAGCAAGAGAUGAACAAGAACAGAGAAUUCAAGAUGCUGUGAUCGAGAGAACUCAGGAGUUGCAGUCUUCUAGAACCAGCCUUGAGAACCAGAUUUUUGAAACUGCAACCAAGUCUGAGGAGCUUAGCCAAAUGGCGGAAUCUGUGGCGAAAGAAAACGUGAUGCUUAGACACGAGCUUCUUGCGCGAUGCGAAGAGCUAGAGAUCAGAACUAUUGAGAGGGAUUUGAGUACCCAAGCAGCUGAAACCGCCAGCAAGCAGCAGUUAGAUAGCAUAAAGAAAGUGGCGAAACUUGAGGCUGAGUGCAGGAAGUUUCGGAUGUUGGCUAAGUCAUCAGCUUCGUUUAACGAUCAUCGAUCUACAGAUAGUCAUUCUGAUGGAGGGGAACGAAUGGAUGUGAGUUGCUCUGAUUCAUGGGCAUCAUCCACAUUGAUUGAGAAGAGAAGCCUUCAGGGAACUUCCUCUUCCAUUGAACUUGAUCUCAUGGGUGAUUUUCUUGAGAUGGAACGUCUUGUAGCAUUGCCUGAGACGCCAGAUGGGAACGGUAAGAGUGGACCUGAAUCAGUUACAGAAGAGGUUGUUGUUCCCUCAGAGAACUCGUUAGCUUCUGAAAUAGAAGUACUGACUUCUCGCAUUAAGGAACUUGAAGAGAAGUUGGAAAAGUUAGAAGCCGAGAAACAUGAGCUCGAGAAUGAAGUUAAAUGUAACAGAGAAGAGGCUGUUGUUCAUAUAGAGAACUCAGAAGUACUGACUUCUCGAACUAAGGAACUUGAAGAAAAGUUGGAAAAGUUAGAAGCAGAGAAAGAGGAGCUCAAAAGUGAAGUUAAAUGUAACAGAGAAAAGGCUGUUGUUCACGUAGAGAACUCAUUGGCUGCUGAAAUAGAAGUACUGACUUCUCGAACUAAGGAACUUGAAGAACAGUUGGAGAAGUUAGAAGCGGAGAAAGUUGAACUCGAAAGUGAAGUAAAAUGUAACAGAGAAGAGGCUGUUGCUCAAGUAGAGAACUCGUUGGCUACUGAAAUAGAAGUAUUGACUUGCCGAAUCAAGCAACUUGAGGAGAAGUUAGAGAAGUUGGAAGUAGAGAAAGAUGAGCUCAAAAGUGAAGUUAAAUGUAACAGGGAAGUGGAGAGCACAUUGAGAUUUGAGCUCGAAGCUAUUGCUUGUGAAAAAAUGGAGCUGGAAAAUAAGUUGGAGAAGUUGGAAGUUGAGAAAGCUGAGCUGCAAAUAUCUUUUGACAUAAUCAAAGAUAAAUAUGAAGAAUCUCAAGUUUGUCUGCAAGAAAUCGAGACGAAGCUGGGGGAGAUACAAACGGAGAUGAAACUCGUUAACGAACUAAAAGCUGAAGUAGAGUCUCAAACCAUCGCAAUGGAAGCAGAUGCAAAGACUAAAUCCGCAAAGAUUGAAUCUUUGGAAGAAGACAUGAGAAAGGAGAGGUUUGCUUUUGAUGAGCUUAGGAGAAAAUGUGAGGCUCUUGAAGAAGAGAUCUCUCUCCAUAAAGAGAACUCAAUCAAGAGUGAAAAUAAAGAACCCAAGAUCAAACAGGUCUGUCUCCAAAGUUCAGGUGUUAGUUAAACUUAGACUGUGUUCCAUCACAAUCACUUUUUUGUCCACUAAAACUUGAUUACUAUAAUUCAGGAAGACAUAGAAACAGCUGCAGGGAAACUUGCGAAUUGUCAGAAAACAAUAGCUUCAUUGGGGAAACAGUUGCAGUCCCUUGCAACACUUGAAGAUUUCUUAACCGAUACACCGAUAAUUCCAAUGGCUGCAAAUGGUGUAAGCAGCAGCAGCAACUCAGAGAGUUGGAAGGUUCACAAAAACGAAACUUUCAUGACAAGAAAUCAUCCUGAGUCCAUCAAACCAACCAAAGAAACAUCUCCAUCUUCUUCUUCUUCUACUGCGUCUGCUGCUGUUUCAAUGCCAGUUUCAACAAACCGAGGGAGUUCUGAGAAGAAUCGCAAUGGAUUUGCAACAGUAUUCACAAGAAGUAAAGACGGUAUCCAUCUGGCUAUAUAACAUAACUUUGGCAGAGUAGGCAGAGAAACUUAUCUCUUAGGGUUUAAAAAGGAUCCGUUUUUAACACCACUUUGUUCCCUUUUCCAGAUUUUGAAUCCAUAGUAGUAGUUUUAAAAGUUAAUCUCUAGUGUAAUGCAGUGGAUGGAUAUUCCAUAAAAGAUGUUUC